ACACUCGACAAUCUAUGCUCGACCCUAUAGUCUGUAGCUCAUCAUACGUUCAUUGAAAUGACUUCCAGAGGGCCCCCAAAAACCAAGGUACAGGUGGAAACCUCGCUGGAGAACCCGGAUUACGACGCUAUAAUCCUGGUAGCAUCUCCGGAACAGAAAUUACAGUCUGGCAAGCUACAAACCGUCGUUUCGGGAGCUCUCAACUUGGACCCGUCGUUGAAAACAGAGUUGGCCAUUUUGCCGGUUGAUUUGCCUGCCGGUAGGGUGGUUUAUUCUCCGACCGGACCGAUCGAUGACGACUACGGUGACGUCAGAAGUUUCAAGGAUAGCGCCAAAGCUGCCGUUAAGAGGGCGCUCAAAGCGGGAAUCAGGAGGCCGUUGCUGGUCCUUGAAGGACAUCCCAGAUUCGAGCAAGCUGAAUUGGUUACUCUCUUAGGGGUGCUGGAGGCUUUGUACACGCCAAUCCAAAUUCGCGAACAUGACCCAUCUAAAACCCACAAAGUUGAUGUCCUUGGAGUAUUCACCCAUAAUCCGGACAAGACUGAAAAGCUAGUCAACAUUGCCCAGAUACUAGAAGAAGGAAGAAGAGUAGCUUGCGACAUAGGCGACUGCGAUCCAGAAAGAAUGGCACCUCCCCGGAUAGAGGAGUACCUCAAGGAUCUGUUCGCAGGCACCGGAGUCAAUAUGGAAGUCGUCAGUGACGUUGGGAUUUUCAAAAAGGAUUACCCGCUUUUUGAGGCUGUGAACAGAGCUGCCAGCUGUCAGGAGAGGCACAAGGGAAGGAUAGUUUAUCUGGAGUAUAAUCCUCCUGAAACAGUCGAGAAAACUUUGUACUUAGUAGGAAAAGGUGUGACGUACGACACAGGCGGAGCCGACGUCAAAAUAAGCGGCAACAUGGUGGGUAUGUCACGUGACAAGUGUGGUGCUGCCGCAGCGGCAGGAUUCAUGCACAUAGUGCGUCUACUGCAGCCAAAAAACAUCAAGGUGGUUGUUGGUUUGAGCUUGGUGCGAAACAGCAUCGGAAGCAACAGCUAUGUCGCUGAUGAGGUCAUCACUGCCAGGUCUGGGGCCAGGGUGAGGGUAGUGAAUACUGAUGCAGAGGGAAGGAUGGUAAUGGCCGAUGUACUUUGCAAGUUCAAAGAGGCUGCUUUGCGUGCUGUGAACCCUCACAUUUUCACCAUUGCAACUCUGACUGGCCAUGCUUGCCGUACUGUUGGACUAGGUUAUACCAUAAUCAUGGACAACGGCCCUGCACGGAACGUCAACACGAACAGAAUUCUACAGGAGGCCUCCGAAAAAAUUGCCGAUCCCUUCGAAAUCUCCACGAUUCGUCGUGAGGACUUCGCCAAUCACAAGGGGAUCAUGGAGGGAGAUGACGUCAUCCAAAGUCAGGCCAAACCAUCGAUUCAAGUGUCGAGAGGUCACCAAGGUCCUGCGGCUUUCCUGAUAAUGGCAUCGGGGUUGGAGAAACAUGGUUCAGGAAGUAGCCAACCGUUGAAGUACAGCCAUCUUGAUAUAGCUGCCUCUAGCGGUGACUUACCGAACCCAGCAACUGGUUCUCCAAUUCUGGCUCUGGCCCAAGCAUACUUACUUUGAAGAACUUAUGAUACCGAUGUAACUUUUUCAUCAUUAUAUUAUUC